AUGGCGACAAGCGGCUCUGAAAAGGACAUUGCGGCCAAAUUCGGAUGGGAUGCGAGCGUGCUGGAGGGGGGGUUGCAAGGCAAAGCCCUUCAGGAUCCCCAGGUGCAGGAGCUGCCAAUCGGGGCCAUCAGGCGUCCAAUCCCAAGAGCAAACAACCCCGAAAAGGUGGAGGCUCUCAUGGCCUCCAUCGGGAGGGUGGGCCUGCAAGAGCCCAUAGACGUGCUGGAGGUGGAGGGUGUAUACUACGGCUUCUCAGGCUGUCACAGGUUCGAGGCACACCAGAGAAUGGGCAAGAACACCAUCCUCUGCCGGGUGCGCAAGGCCAACAGGCAGGUUCUUCGCUUCCACAUGAUGUGA